AUGGCGGCUUCCAGUUGCAAAAGUGUGGCUCCUUUGCGGCAAAGUGAUUUCAGCAUUGAACACAUCCUAACACGGGCCGGUGAACGGUAUAGCAAACGGCGCAAACUAACGACUUCACCAAACUGUCGAAACUGUUGCACAAGCAGCCCAGGAAGUGAUCGUAGUGAUGAUGCAGAUGGUAGUGAUGAGGUUGCCCGGUUGCACGACGAAACCGGUACGGAACCGGACGACGAUCUAGAGGAAGUCAUUGACGUUGGGCAAUCGGUACGCGCAUCGGAUGCGGGUUUCUUACCGACGGUUCCCGGUUGCAGUAUGCCCACGUUCGAUUGGCUGUACUACACACGCUAUCAUCCACCAAAGUUGCCACGUCCCCAAAAAUCGGGUCCCGUUAAACGAACUCCGGGCCGUUUACCACGGGUUCCAUUCACGCCUGCCCAACUUAGCGCACUGGAGGACGCUUAUAAAGUAUCCACCUACCUGAGUUCCGAGGAAGCGAACCAGCUAGCCUACAGUCUAGAGUUAACCAACACGCGGGUGAAAAUUUGGUUCCAGAAUCGACGUGCUAGAGAUCGGCGAGAAAAGCGGGAAGCAUCACUUGCCACCGGCGGCAGCAUGUACACGGAUCCUUCGCCGAUCAGUUUGCCAUCACUUGGCGGUGGCAGUAAUGCGACGAUGCAGACGAGUGUUGUGCACAACAAUUCUCGAACUGGCAGCAGUCAUCCGUCCUCUCCGUCCAGCGUAGAAGCGACCGUUAGUCGACAGAGCAGAAGUCCAACCACCGACCGUAGCUACUAG